UAUGCUGGGAUCUUGCAGGCUCGUAGAGUGUCCACGCACGAAGCCUGUUAAAAUAGAACACGAGGGUUUACGCCCGUAAUUUUGUUUAUUGUUUACGAAAAUCAUAACAACGGGUAUCAAAAUGCAAGGACCCGCCGUAUGCAUGGACUGUUCCACCGAGGAUCAGGCUCAAGAGCUGAGAGUUUAUUUCAAAAGCCUUGGGGCUGAGAUCAGUGAAGAGAAAUCACCAAAAGGAAUCGAAGAUGAUUUACACAAGAUCAUUGGUGUAUGCGAUGCUUGCUUCAAGGAAGGCAAUGAACCUGAAAUCGAAUCUAUCCUUAGUGAUAUCGUGUCUAUAAUGAUCCUUGUUCCAACUGAACGCGCUGAGAACAUUGUAUUGGCUUUUUGCGACAAGUUGACGAAAGCCACCGGUCACAAAUUGGGCCUUGUUUGCCUCAAAGCUUUGUGGCUGCUUUUCCAAUCAUUACCUGAAGACUCCUCCAUGAGGUAUCACGUCUACUACCACUUGGUUCAAAUCGCCAGGAAUGUUGAUCAAGUUAAAGCAGUAUACAAUGGUGUUGACCAAUUGAAACAACAAUUUGCCACAUGCCCACCAGCUAACGAACAAAUGCAAAAACUUUUACGUUUGUUGCAUGAAGUUCUCUUAGGAUGCAAGCAAGGAGAACAAGCUGCUGCUGUAAUGGUUGAGUUAUUAGGAACUUACACUUCAGAAAAUGCUUCAGCUGCUAGAGAAGAUGCUCAACGCUGCAUUUUGUCAGCUUUGGCUGAUCCUAACACCUUCCUUUUAGACCCACUCUUGGCUCUGAAACCAGUGAGAUUUUUAGAAGGAGAGCUCAUUCAUGAUCUUCUCCUUAUUUUUGUUCAAGAAAAACUUCCAGCUUAUUUGAAAUUCCACAAAGACCACAAAGAAUUCGUAGAGAGCAAUCUUGGUCUGAACCAUGAACAAAAUAUGAAGAAAAUGAGGUUGUUGACUUUCAUGCAGCUUGCUGAAACUAAUCCAGAAAUGUCAUUUGAAACUGUUCAAAACGAGCUUCAAAUUGAAGAGGACAAAGUUGAAAGCUUUAUUAUUGAUGUUUUGAAAACAAAACUCGUAAGAGCCCGCAUGGACCAAGCUGGCAGGAAAGUGUUGGUCUCCAGCACAAUGCAUCGUACAUUUGGAAGACCACAAUGGUUGCAGCUGAGAGAUUUACUUGCUGCGUGGAAAGCCAACCUUAGUGGUGUGCAAGAUGGCAUGAAGAGUGUAGCAUCUGCUCAAAUGGAACUUGCUGCUAAAAGUAAAGCACCAAUUGUUCACUGACACACGAAAAAAUUUCGCUAAGCUUGAAAAAUGAAAUCAUCUCUGGAAAGAUUAGCAAGAGGACAUAAAAACGUCCUCCUCCUAUUUUUAGGUAUAUAUGUUAAUUAAAAUGUAUGUAUUGUAUCUAAGAAAUCAAGUAUCCAAUACAAGCACAAAUAAAUGCUGUUUCAUAUAGAUAAAAAGAAUUU